CUCUCAUCCUCCAAGGCCUCCCAAGUCACAACAACCCCCUAACCUGGUCGGAUGUGAUUCCAGCGCUAAUGCGCUGCCUGCCGCCUGCAGCCCAUGUCAUUGAGUUUCUCCUCGGAUGUGUCCUUGAAUGCUACAGAAGCCGCUGUCUUCCUCAGUGAACGAGAUGUAGCCGGUCAAAUCCCCAUCAACUUUGUUACAACAUCCGCCGUGUCGCUUCACGCAGCAUGCUUCGGAGACAAUGUCUUCGAUCGGACCUCUGCGGGAACAUGCAUCUCCAACUUGCUAGUCAUCGGAUACCGUCGGUUUCUUGUCGACGUUUACUGGUCCCCUGACCAACGGGAUUGGCUGCUCUGUCCGGUGUCUCUCUCCGAGGAUACUCCUGUUGUGACCGUGUCGUCUGUCUCGACAGCCUCGUCCACCUCGUCGGCCACGGCAACGGCAACAACCAAUUCGGCCCAGGCCACGGUCACCGCAGUAGCUAGCUCAUCGGGAUCGGUGCUGUAUGAGCUGGGCCCGUAUCGCUGCUCAAAGAACCUCGACCUGUCUGACCUGAUCAAUGUGUUUCGGGAAUUUUUUCAGACGUAUAAUUCGGAAAUGACCGUGUAUACGAGAUAUAUCUCUCUCAAUUUGCAUGCGGCUGCCAGCGCGACUAGUCCUACUGAACCAGCAUCGCCGGUGACUGGAUCGCAGCUCCCCACUGGUUCCGAGUUUAUCAGCUCUCUAUUCGAUGAUCGUUUGUCUUCCUACAUAUAUAUGCCGUCGGAGCUCGCCUACGAGCGCGCCGAUCUGAAUAAAUCAUGGUACGAGGUUGAAGAUGGCUACAAACCUAUCACCGAGUACUUCACCAUCCAGGAACACCCAAAAAAGGAACAAAGUACUCCUGAUGGCUGGCCGUGCGAAAAAUACCUCCAAUUGGCGAAAAAGAAACGUCUAAUCAUAGACUAUGGGACCAUCGAUCCUCAGAUGAAAAAUUACAAUCAAUCCUAUAUGAGCGACGUUAUUUUCCCACCUGGAUAUCUGACUUCCACGGUAUCCGUAUCCCUCGACGCCGACGGCAGUAUCGACACCGGCUGCUUCUAUAACCCCGAUGCGACCACCGUAUCUCAGGUCAACAACUCCUGGGCAAUGUCCGACUACAUCCCCGUACCAGCGGGGCUCAGCCAAAACUCGACACUCGCCGCAAUGACCACCGUCGUCACCAAUCUAACGGCUUGCGGACUCACUCCAGCGCUGAACAAUACUCUGUUCAAUAAAACAGCCGAUAACGACCUCCAGCCCUACGACGAGAUAUCGCUCUCCACUUCCUGGGCCUGGGCCAUCGGCGAACCCGCCGACGCCGGCUCAUCCGACGAUAACAGCUACGCAUCAGUCGACCGCUGUGCCGCCAUGGACCUAACCAAAAAUGGCCAAUGGAGCGCCAUCAACUGUACUAAAGUGCGGUACGCAGCCUGUCGCGUCGGAAACCUCCCCUUUACCUGGCAAUUAUCCACCUCGCCUUACACCUUCCGAGAAUCCUAUGAUCACGGCUGUCCAGAGAACACCAGCAUGGCGAUACCACGGACCGGGCUUGAAAACACCUAUCUCUACCAGUACUUGCUGACACGGACAGACGUUCUCGAUCCGACGUCUACAAUUGAGAACAAGACCCAGGUCUUGCUGGAUCUCAAUUCCAUUGAUGUGGAGUCUUGCUGGGUAACCGGUGGCCCGGAUCAUGGUUGUCCAUAUGCGUCGGAUCCGCAGCAGCUGGAAAGACGGACGGUGCUGGUUGCCGCUAUUGCAGGGAUUGUGAUAUGUAUCAUUGCGGCUUUGACGUUGUUUGUCAAAUGCAAUGCGAAUCGGCGAAACUCGAGAAGAAAUAAGAGGGUUAUCAAGGGAUGGGAAUAUGAGGGUGUACCGUCGUAAUAGAUAUUAUUGUUGAUACGUAGUGGAUAUAAUAUUAGUUGUAUAUAGUUUUGAUUCUACUUAGAUGAAGGAAUGAGAUGUUUAAUCAAAAGGAGCAAUGCAAAUCUCCGUCAUGAGCUAUGUUAGACAAAAUAUCUGUACUGUCUACAGGGGGAAACAAAGGGGAG